AUGUAUAUGGUAAUUAGAAUUAUUCAAAUCGAAAUUAAUAAUUAUUCUAUUGAAAUCAGGUCACCUAGACAAUGUGGUUGUUGGUUUAACAGUAGUAACGCAGCAUUAACAGAUAAAAUUGUAAAUGGAUUUGAAAGUAUUCCUCAUUCAUGGCCAUGGAUUGUUAGUAUACGAAAACGUACAUCGAGUAGACCACUUGGUGUACCUAUUUGUGGUGGUACAUUGAUUAGUGAACAAUAUAUCCUAACUGCAGCUCAUUGUUUUUAUGAAACUCUUAUAAAAGAAAAGAAAUCAAUUGAUAUUUACUUGUUUAUUAUUGGUGCACAUUAUUCAACUGAUACUCAUGUUUACUCAGAUUUAGUUAUUCGUUUAACUGCUUCAAUGAUUAUUAUUCAUGAAAAUUAUAAUUCAUAUCGACAAACUGAUGAUAUUGCUCUUGUUAAAUUAGAAGAAAAAAUUCAAUUUGAAAAUAUUCAUUUAGGUGCUAUUUGUUUACCUAAAGAAUUACAAAUAUAUCCAUCUGAUGGAACAUUUACUGUUGCUGUUGGUUGGGGUCGUCUUUUCGAGACAGCACAAGAAGGCAGUGAUACUCUUCAACAAGUUGUACUUGUGGUUGAAGAAGGACAACAAUGUAAUAGAAUUAAAUCAGGUAGUCAAAUCAAUACUCAAUUAUGCGCUGGAUCCGUAGAUUCACAAACUAAUCAAGAUACAUGUCAAGGUGAUAGUGGUGGACCAUUGAUGACACGAACGAUAGAUGGUCUUUGGGAAAUUGUAGGUAUAACAAGUUAUGGUAAAGGAUGUGGACGAUUAAAUGAAUUAGGUGUUUAUACUCGUGUAAGCAUGUAUUCAAAUUGGAUUGAUAUGAUUAGAAAAAAUCUUGACGAUUAUACAUCAAGAUCAUUAGAUAAAUUUCACAAUAUAUUUUUAAAUUCUGCUAAUAUUUUUCAAAACUAUUUUUUCAUUUUAUAUUAUAUAAUUAUAAUUAAAAUAAAUCAAAUUUUCUUUUGUUUAUAA